GUCAUGAUUGGUAUCAUGACCUACGUCAUUCGGAAACGAGAAACGCACGGGUCACAAACGAGAAAUUCUAGGACGAGAUGCACCUUCCUCAAAGUCAAAGUCCGUAGGAGUUUGCGCCUUUUAUAGAUGUCGACUAGCUACUCAGCAAUAGAUAAGCAACUCAGCAAUAUUUUCGCCUUGGUCAUCGGUAUCAACAGUAAUACAAAAUUUGAAAAUUUGAAAGGUGCAGCCAAUGACGUCGACCAAUUCAAACAAUACCUUCUCAAGGUUGUACGAGUUCUGGAAGAAAUAUUAAUAAUCUUCGUGAUGAGGAGGCAACAAGAAUGGCUAUCAUCCAAGGUUUCAGAGGCCUCAGAGACAAUAGGAGAAUAAUCCAAGGCAAUGCGAUAAUUAUCAUAUACUUUGGGGACACGGAGCGGUAGUGGAUAAGCCAAAGGAAUGGUCGAAUUGAGAAAGUGCC